AUGAAUUAUCAAACCAAAUUUUUACUUAAAAAAGGAGUGUUAGCAUAGCCAAAAUGUUUAAGAACUUAAUCUAUAUUAAGUGAUAUUACCAAUUAUUAGUCACAAAACGAUUAAAACAUAAAAAAUAAAAGAAGGAAUGCCAUUGUACCUGUAAUUUGUUAAGUUGAUGAAAAAAUUGAUAGAAAAUUGUGCUCAAAACCAACUAACGAAUACCAAUAUGAGGAUAAAUAUAUAUAUGAUGAAGAAAUAUAAGAAAAGGAAUAUAAAGAAGAUAUAAAUGUAAAUACUUUUCUAUAACAAGUACAAGAGAAUAAACCAUCUAGACUUUCAUAAUUUUAAUUAAGAUUAGCUUCAAUAGUUAAUAGAUUGGAUGAUAACAAAUGUCAAACGUUAUUAAAAAAUGAGCUAUUAAACCCUGUUUCAUUGUGUUGAAUUACUAGAUACUUUUUUAUGCAAUACUAAAGGAUUCAUAGCUGACGAUCUAUAACUUAUUGGUAGUUGUUGUAUCUAUCUAUCAUCAAAAUUUCAUGAUAUAUACCCUAUUUGUGUUGAAGAUAUUAUAAUUGAUGUACUUAAAAUUAAUAAAUUAGAUUUGUUAAGAAAACUAUACUAUUCAUGAAUUUUUAUCAAUGGAAUACACAAUAUGUAGAAAACUGCAAUAUAAUAUGUAUUUUCAAACACCUUUUGAAUAUUUUGAAAAAAUAUUUUUCCAUCUUAAACCUUUUUUGUCAUAAUUUUAUUAAGAUUGCGAAAUAAAGUAUAUGAAACAAAAUGCUUUAGAGCUUCUCUAAUAUUCCAUUAUUGCUUAUGAGUUUCGAAAUAUUACUCAUUAUAAUAAAGCAAUAGCUUGUAUCUAUGAAGUCAUCAAAAUGUCUGAUAAAAUACUUGUAUUUUUUAUUUUAUUUAAUUAGACCUAAAACUUAUUAGAACUGUUAAAUCAUUUAGAACUAAAUUUCAAUUGCAUUCAACUCAAUGCUGCAGAUAUUAAAAAAUACCAGAAUUUGAAUAAAGAACGCUAUCAAUGUGUAAAUAAUUACUUUUAUUGA